UUUAAAGGAAAUAAGUACAGCAUUCCACAUGCCCUGUUUGUGACCAUCCUAGGAAUUCCAUUAGUCAGAUGCAGUGUAGAGCCAAAUGUUGAAUAUCAGGAGGUCUACGAGAAAUAUUGAAAUAUAAGACUAAGGACUUUCUUAAUAGUUGGGAGGAUCAAACCAAAAAGCUAAUACCACAUAAGAUGUGGUAAGUUUGAAGUGAAGUGGCAAUUGUGGGUGCAAACGAACACUCCAGGGAGAGGAGAGGAUCUGGAGAGAAAAUGGUUGUAGAAAUCCCAGAAGAUAGGAGGACUUUUGUUGGGCUUUUGUGUUUGGGUGGGAAUUUUCAUGUAUCCUAGGUUCUCCAUGAGACAUGCAACCUAUGCUAGGGAGUAUGUGGCUGGCUGUGGUGUGGUGUGGUGUGAUGGGUUGGGUGGGUGAAGGCCCAGUUUGAGCCCAAGUUCUUUCCAGUCACUGGUUUGUGCAGCAUAUGAUCAUGUCUCCACAGCCUGCUGGUGUGGGCAUAGUUCUGCGUGUUUCUCUUCCUUUCCCUACAUCACUGUCAAGUGCUGUAUUCUGAGUGCAUAUUGCAGGGAAGGACUGAGGGAGUCCUGGGAGUCCUAGAAACUUGCAUGAAGCUGUCCCUAGUCCAAGUUGGAGUUGUGGUUACUUGGUAAAUGCAGAGAUCUCUGCUGUGCCCUGGCCUCUGAGUCUCCCCAUGGAAGAAAAAAAUAUGCAGGCAGACACCUGCUACUGAAUGGCCAAACCCCUUAGGUCAGGGCUGUCUGACUAUACAGUAGCUGCCACUUGGGACAUCAGAUUUCUGACCUGCUUAUUUUUUAUUUAUUUUUAAUAAAUUUUACUUAUUUUAUUAAUUUUUUUUCUUUACCUAGACACAUGUUUCAGGAUAGCUUGGAUUCUGUCUGACCUGUUGAAUGGAUCCCGAAAUCCAAAAGACUGGAAACGCUGGAGCUGUCACUGCACCAGAUGCUUUUCAUUACCUAAUCAACUUGCUCAAUGGAUGGGUGAAGAGUGUUUCCCACUGCCUGGGACUUCCAUACCCACUCCUGCCUUCCUGGGCAAUCAGAAGGUCUUGCUCUCCUCAGAGGACAGAGCUUGGAGGCCAUUCUUACUGGAGGUCUUCCUGGGGAAAACAGGCUGAAGAAGCUUCACUGGAAUUUGACUCGCUCUCAUACUAUUUCACAACUUGCCUUCCCAGGCUGUCCUGUUGGCUCCCUGGCCUUUUCAUGGGUAGGGCCACUUUCACUUGAUGUGCCCAUGCAUGGCUCUGGAGUUGCUUCCCUUGGUGAGAGGCAGUGGCUCUUCCCUGUGGUCUAGGCCUGCAUGACUUAGAAGACAAUUUCAGUCAGUUCAGCAUUUACUGGGCUCUGCAUUUGGCAACAAUUACAUCAAAGGCUGAUUAGAUUCCAUGAUGUGGGCAUUCUUUAUAUAUUCUGGGUAUUAAUCCCUUGUCAGUUACAGGUGUUACCAAUAUAUUCACUUGGUUUGUCUUUUCGCCUUUUUUCUGGUAUCUUCUGAUGGAAGUCUUUGUAGGCAGUAUUAUCAAAGAAUGUCCACAAUACAGUUGUUAAAGACAUGUUUUGCAUAUGCAAAAAUAGGCAAAAGGAAACCCAAAUUUCUCAGAUGAAGCACAGGAGGCCUUUAAUUGUAUGAAAGGGUGCUCAAGUUCAUCAUUAAACAGGGAAAUAAAAAGUUAGAACCAUACUGAGAUAGUUAUAUGAAUGGCAAAAAUUAAAUUUAGAAAGUACCCAGUGUGGGCAGAGACACGAAGCACAGGAACUCUCGUGGUAGGUGGCAGUGCCUAUCAGUACAACCACUUCAGAAAGCAGGUUGACAUUCCCAAGUUCAAUUAAACAUGUGAACACCCUUCAACCCAGCAAUGCCGUUAUUGAACAUUUUCAAGAAUGUUUUUAGCCUUAUUCCUAAAAAGAAAAAAAAGUGAGUGGAACAUUUGAUAAUGUUUUUAGCCUUAUUCCUAAAUGGAGAAAGGAAUUUUUAAAAACCUACCAAAAACUGAGUGGAGAAUUGAUUGGAACCAUGUAGCAUGAAAAGGACGCAAAAAAAGUGUGGCCCAUCUAGUAGUGUGGCUACUGCAAUGGUCCGACUGUAUCACUAAACUUUUCUAGCAUCGCAGAGUCAUAUUGUGCCAUUUUUGAAAAAAACUUCUUUCCCUCUUGCUGUUAUCAGUCAGCCUCAAGAGUAGUACUGAGGUUAUAUAUGGUGUCCUUUUCAAUUUGAAGAUACUUGUCAUUAAAGACCAGAACAUGCCCUCUGAGAUAGGGUCCUUUCCCUGACUUAUUCUGGUAGUCUUUAUCUUCAGGAUGCAAGGAUACCUCCCCCUUCCUUUGGAAUGUGCGGAAUCACAUGCAAAGCUCUAAGCCUUUCAGUUGCUUUGGGGUGCAGAACCAUUUCAGACAUGCUGAGGAGGACCCUGCUGUGCGCGGUGCUGGGGCUCCUGCGCGCCCAGCCCUUCCCCUGCCCGCAAGGCUGCAGGUGUUUCUUCCGCGACUCGGUGCAGUGCUCUGGGGGCAACGUGGCGCGCAUCUCGGCGCUGGGCCUGCCCACCAACCUCACGCACGUCCUGCUCUUCCGAAUGGGCCGCGGCGCCUUGCAGAACCACAGCUUCAGUGGCAUGACCGUCCUGCAGCGCCUGCUACUCUCGGACAGCCACAUUUCCGCCAUUGCCCCCGGCACCUUCAAUGACCUGAUAAAGCUAAAAACCCUCAGGUUGUCGAACAACAAAAUUACUCAUCUUCCAGGUGCACUACUCGAUAAGAUGGUGCUCCUGGAACAGUUGUUUUUGGACCACAACGCGCUAACCGGCAUUGACCAAAACAUGUUUCAGAAACUGGUUAACUUGCAGGAGCUCUUUUUGAACCAGAAUCAACUCAAUUUCCUUCCUUCGCGGCUGUUUACAAAUCUGGAGAACCUGAAAGUGUUGGAUUUAUCGGGAAACAACUUGACCCACCUGCCCAAGGGAUUGCUUGGGACGCAGGCUAAGCUUGAGAAACUUCUGCUGCACUCGAACCAGAUAGUGUCUCUGGAUUCGGGGCAGUUGAGCAGCCUGGGCGCCCUGACGGAGCUGCAGCUCCACAGAAAUCACAUCCGUUCCAUCGCGCCCGGAGCAGUCGACCAGCUCCCAGGCCUGCGUUCUUUGACUCUUUCCAGAAACCACCUCGAGUUUCUGCCCUCCGGGCUCUUUCUUCAUUCGCACAAUUUGACUCUGCUGACUUUGUUCGAGAACCCGCUGGAAGAGCUCCCGGAGGUGCUCUUCGGGGAGAUGGCCGGCCUGCACGAGCUGUGGCUGAACGGCACCCGGCUGCGCACCCUGCCGGCCGCCGCCUUCCGCAACCUGAGCGGCCUGCGCACGCUGGGGGUCACUCUGAGCCCGCGGCUGAGCGCGCUGCCCCCGGGCGCCCUGCGGGGCCUGGCGGAGCUCCGGGUGCUCGCCCUGCACGCCAACGGCCUGGCCGCGCUCCCCGACGGCCUGCUGCGCGGCCUCGGCAGGCUGCGCCAGGUGUCGCUGCGCCACAACAGGCUGCGGGCCCUGCCGCGCGCGCUCUUCUCCAACCUCAGCAGCCUGGAGAAGGUCCAGCUCGACCACAACCUGCUGGAGACCCUGCCUGGCGACGUGUUCGCGGGUCUGCCUCAGCUGACCGAGGUCCUGCUGGGGCACAAUCCCUGGCGCUGCGACUGUGGCCUGUGGCCAUUCCUGGGCUGGCUGCGGCAGCACUUAGACCUCGUGGGCCGAGCCGAGCCCCCGCGGUGCGGCGGCCCUGGACCGCGCGCCGGCCUGCCGCUCUGGGCCCUGCCGGGGAGCGACGCCGACUGCUCGGACCCCCGGGGCCGGUCUCCGCACACUCCCGCGCACGACGCCCCGGCAGCCCCCGGCCACCCUGUCCGGGUGUCUGGCAGCCCAGAGCCCUGGGCGUGGGCGCAGCUGGUGGCCACGGUCAAACGUCAAGACCACAGGCUGUUCUGGGGUCUUUAUUUUCUGCUUUUAGCCGCUCAGGCCAUAAUAACCGGGGUCAUUGUGUUUGCUAUGUUUAAAAUCGGCCGGCUCUUUCGAAAAUUAAUCAGAGAGAGAGAGCUCUUGUUUGAGUCAAUAGGAAAACCUUGUAAUUAAUUAAAACGUGACCAGAGCAUUGUCAGAUGUGGCUCCGAGGAAACCAGAUAGGCUGCUGCUGUUUUCCUCUUCCUCUUCUCCCCUCCCUUUCUCCCCCUCCUUCUUCUGCUCAGAGUGACCUUUACAUUUGUAAAUUGUGAUUGCUGACCUGCCUCUGUGCCCGCCUGUCUAUCGUGCUGUCCUGGAGGACCUCAGAUUGCGUGCGGCCCGUCCUUACCCCACUGGCCUGGCUGGGCGUCAGGUGGACGGAGGGCUCUUCGGCGUUUACUGAGUAGGGCACGACUCCGGCGGGUCAGGACUCCCGCACAGAGUGUCCGGUAGCAGCUUGUGAAAUGAAUGAAUGGAUCAAACCAACGCACGUGUCCAAGCGAUGAUGGUUUUGGGGGUGGGGGCGGGUUGAUUGUUCUCUGUAUCUACUUUUAUUUGAAAAGUAGAAAUCUUCCCAUUCUUGCCCUUGCCCUGCUUUCUUCCCUUCACGUAUCCCUGCCCUGUGGGCUGUUUGGGAGCUGGGGGGCUUCAUUCAUUCAGGAGUAUUUCCGGGGUGGCCCCUGCUGAGACACAGAGAACACGGAGCCUUCCCUCCAAGCUCAGUUGUGCCCAGAUGUUCUGGGAGCCUCCCAUGAGUUUCCACUUGCUUUACAUCAGCGAAACAUGUCAUUUGGAAACUGAGUUGUUUUUCAUUUCCUGGAACUCAAUGCCACCUCAUUUUGCAAGCAUUUACAGAGCACCUAACAUAUGACAGGUGUUCAUGAAUGUAAUGAUAAGCUUGGUUCUAGUUUAGCUCAUAACACUCCACAUUCAUUCUUCCAAUUGAAAGCACUAAAACCUUUGUUGGUGUAACUGGAUGUCUGUGCUUGUGAGAGGCAGUGGCUAAAAUAUGGGCUGGAGAGUUGACAACUGUGGGUUCAAUCCCAGCUUCACUACUUACUAACUGCGUAGGACCGUGGGCAAGACACCUACAUACAUUCUCUAAGCCUGGGUUUCCUCACUCUGAAAAGGGAGAAAACAGUACCUGCCUCAUAGAGUUGUGAAAAAUAAAGACAAUAAAGCAAAUGACUUAGCCCCAUGUCCUGUAUAUAGUACAUGCUUAAUAAAUGUUAGGUAUUAAUAAUAUUCUUAAAGGAUGAAUGAUUGUUGCUGGCAUCAUGAUUUCUAAAGAGCUUUGAGUUGAUUUUUUGUCUGUGUGUAAAGGUAAGUGCAAAUUUUCUUAAACUGGAGGUACAUCCAAAUCAGUCUGUCUUCACCUGUGGGUGGUCUCAGCCCUGUGUGGUCGGCUUUGUGCUCGCUGUCCAGAGCAGUGGGUCCUCCCAACAGCACCUCUUGGAUGUGGAGCAGAAAGCACUGGAUCCUGGCAUCUGCAGGUACACUUUUCCUUCAAGGCCAAGUUCAAAUGCCUCCUCCUUGGUAGAGCCUUCCCCACUUGCCCAGCAUACUCAAGUGUUCCCUGCUGCGUCCUCCCCUCUGGGAGCACUGGGCACACACCUGCAUUGGCCCUGGUCACCUUUCAGUCCGGAGUGUCACUCUAGGUAUCUGUUUAAUGUGCCUCCUGCACUGUAAGCUCCUUGGCCAGACCUUGUCUCAACCACAGUUUAACUAGACAUUGUUUCCACUGCCAAAUUUUAAAUGAUUUACAGCAUAAAAUCCAGACUUUUUUGAUAGACUAUGGACUCUAAUUCUAACCACUACGCUCUCAGGCAGCUAGCUAGCUCUCUAAGCCUGUUUUCCCCCACCUAUAGCAUGAGGGUUAUAAUAGUCUGUACAUUGUUGCAAGGAAAAAAUGAGAUAAUCCAUGUCCAAUAGUUAAGGCAGUGGCUGGUGCAUAUGGGGCUCAAUGGAAGUUAGCUGUUACGUUUCUCAGUGCCUUUGCACAUGCUCACUCAAUCAGCAAGUAUUUGUUUAGUACCUACUUUGUACCAGGCACUCUUCCAAGUGGAGGGACAGAGCAGUGGAUAAAACAAGUACACAUUUCCAUGGGGUUUACAUUUUGGUGUCUCCUCCAACUAUGACAUCGCUCCCAAACUUCUUGGCCAUUGACUUCAAACAUUCACAAAAGCAUGUAGGACAACUUUGGACACCUCAACAAGCUUUAUAAAAUGUUUGUACUUUGCUGCAUUUGCUUCAGAUAUUUUUUUUAACAGAAUAGAAUAUAACAGGUAAUUUGAAGUCUCCUGUGUGUAUCUCUUCCCUCAUCCCAUUCCUCUCCUCUCUUUACAAGUAACCUACUUUAAAAACUGGUGUUUUACAUCCCUACGUAUAUUUUUAUGCUCUUACUACAUGUGUCUAUGACCCUGAACAAAUGGAAGUAAUACUUUGUAGAUUUUAAAGUUUUAUAUAAAUUAUGUUAUUCUGUAUACAGUGUUCUUAGACUUUUUUCUGAGCUAAAAUACUUGUGAAAUUUAACCAUAGUGCAUUUGGCUUUUACUAGCUAUGUAAUAUUUGAUUGAAUGAAUAUACCCUGAUUUAUCUGCUUUUUUGUUGAUGAACAUUCAUUCCUAGUGUUUUUUUUCUUUUUAUUCCUCAUUACUCCACAUUCUUCCUAACUUUUGAUAAUGUCAGAAUUUCUAAAUGUUGUCAAUCUGAUACAUGUGAAAUGGCAUCUCAUUGGUGUUUUAUAUUUCCCUGAUAAGUAGUGAUGUUGAAUAUUUUUAAAUACUUGUUGAACAUUCAGACUUCUUCCAAGAAUUAUCUGUGCAUAUACAUUGACCAAUUUAUAAUGAGGCAUUUUGUCUUUUUCUUAUUGAUUUGUAGAAAUUCUUUAUAUA